AUGGUCAGACCAUGCUCCCUUGUAUUUGGGAUCAGUGAGGCCUUACGAAAACUGUACAGCGACCUCAAGUUCCAGCAGCAAGCGAACCACUUGCUCAAUGAGCUUCACCAUGGGUGUGGAGGCUAUCGUGAAUCGGCAGAUAGAGGAGCAACUGAGAACAUCAAACAGUUCAUCUUCCAAGUCGCUGCUGACCAAUGCGAUGGAAAGUUACUGGGAAGCCACCGACAUGAACAACUCCCCGCAUUCUCCAGUGGUCAGUCCACAUUCACAUGCGACAAAGUUGCUUUGACGGAAAUCCCCGUACUAAAGAAGGUGCAGGAUCCUCCAGCGGUGCCAUGCAUUUUAGUCCCUCCGAAGCUUCCAGGGCAUUUCCUCGGCCUGCAGAUAAUUCCACUGGUAAUGUAUGGUUGUACGAAGUCCUGGCCAGGACUCGGUAAAUCUGGUGCAGUAGUGUCUAUACAGCAGGAGGCUCCAAACGCGGAGGGCAGAUUGGACUCAUCUAGAUAUGGCCAGAUCAGUCAGCCACCGACAAACGAUCGAGCCACUUGUCAUAGAAGUACUCCUCCUGGGUUUUACGUCUCUCCCAACAUGGCCGUCCAGUGUGCUGCUCCUGUCCCGCAAUCUCUCCCUACUAGCUUAGCCAUGCAUGGCGACAUAACUAUGGCCAGUCCAGUCCUCCCUCCUGCCAGCAUGUAUUCGCAGGCCGCGAUGACUGCUGCUGAAGGCUCAGCCAGUGCACCAGGAGGUGAUGUUGGGGGUGCCAGCGAGCAAAGCCUGAGCGACAAGGGCCAGCCUAUUCAUGAAAGUCCCAUCGCCCAGUACUGGGGCACAGGGGAAGGGCACUCUGCACAGCAAACAGACGAAACGCAGGUGGUCAAAGCCGAUGAUAUGCAAUCAUACCAAGCAGGGGAAAUCUCGUACCCUUUGUCAAACCUAAGGCAGACGAUCAAUUCAUCGACAGUCGCAGAUGGACGAACAUCCGCAGCAGUACAUUCGUAUGAGCUCUCCGGUGAAACUAACACAGCACAUGCAUUCGGGAGCAACGUGCCUAUGUUUAAUUCUGCAGUGAUGGAUCCUGUGGGUGCUAGCAACACCGAUCUCAAAAUAGAGUUCAAUCCGCCCAAUCUACCGAUCAAGUCGAGGAGGCUUGAACAUGGAGAACAAAUCAUGCUGAACUUAACGCAGCCCAAUGGCAUCGAUUACUGGGUAAACACGUUCUAG